AAAACCUGCAGCUCCACGUCUGAAAUCAGAGGGUUUGAUGUUAGUUUGAGGAGGUUUUUAGGUUUUAGUUCUUUACAGUGAGAUAAAAACAAAGUGUGACCAGGACAGAAGUGUGAGCUGGAGUGUGUGAGAAACCUGCCGCACGGCAACAGGUGAUUAUCUCCUUAUACACACACACACACACACACCAAGACCUGUGGUCAGAUAAGAGAUCCGGGACAACACACACACACACACACACACUUAAAUAAGUGUCUCUGACUGUACACUGCAGAGGAGACUAACUUCUCUGUGGUUAAACUUGUCUUUUCCAGUGGAUUUAUGUGACGAUGGUGAACGUGUGCGUGAGACCUAACGUUCAUCACUGCAGCGCAUGAACGUGUGAACUGAGCCUGAUCAUGAGUGAAGCAGAAUGAGAAGAACGACGCCGGGAGGAUCGUGAUUUUCAGGUCAACACUGACAUUUGGACAUGGACACGAGGAACGCGCUUCCCUCCUGAAGUGACAGGUGCAGAGGCUCCGCCCAUUCCCGUCAUGGAGGAACCGGACGUUGUGGAAAAUGGAAACAAAGAGAUGCCGCAGCCUGGUUGUUCUCAGGCGGACUCCGCACUCCUGUACCCCGCCUCAGAGGCUCCAGACUCGGUCAGUCCGCUCACUCACCUGGGCUCUCUGCUGCUGCUGUCCGGACACGACGCACCGAGGAGCGGCUUCGACAGGAGGUCAGAUCCAGGGUUUCAGGACGUCAUGGAAACAACAAUGGAACCAGGAAGAGAAGCUCACGCAGACCAGAGCGUCGUCAUCCUCCACGCCAAAGUGGCUCAGAAAUCCUACGGCAACGAGAAAAGGUUCUUCUGUCCUCCUCCCUGUGUCUACGUCAGUGGACAUGGAUGGAGGGUCAUGCAGGACCAUCUGAAAGCUGCUGGUUAUGGAGACUCUGUGUAUCGGCUGAGUGGUUACAUGUGUCUGGACACUUCCACUCAGUCUCAGGCCGACACUUUCAAACUGGUCUUUGACGAGCAGCCAAAUUCACGGCAGAUGUUUGCGUCGGCCAAGUCGCUCUUCAUCUCUGAUCAAGACAAGAGGAAACAUUUCCGGCUGCUGCUGAGACUCUUCCUGGGAAACAGAGUGGAGGUGGGAUCGUUCCACAGCCGACUGAUCAAAGUCAUCUCCAAACCCUCGCAGAAGAGACAGUCCAUGAAGAACGCUGACCUGUGUAUCUCCUCGUGCUCCAGAGUGGCUUUGUUCAACCGCCUGCGCUCACAGACGGUCAGCACUCGUUACCUCUCAGUGGACAGAGGAGCUUUUGUAGCGAGUGCCAGACAGUGGACGGCCUUCACUAUCACCAUGGUGGAGGACCACAGCGCUGACCAAGGAGACUUUGUGCUGAGCGAAGGCUUCGUCUGUUAUGGAUGUGUGGUCCAGUUAGUGUGCACCGAGUCUGGAGUAGCUCUGCCACCGAUGGUGAUUCGUAAAGUCAACAAGCAGCACGCCAUCUUAGACGUGGACGAGCCCGUGUCUCAGCUGCAUAAAUGCGCCCUGCAGUUCAAAGACAACCGCCACGCCUACCUGUGUCUAUCUAAUGACAACAUCGUACAGUACCAGGCUCCCUCCAGCGCCAAAGACCCCAGCAGAGUGGUGCUGAACGACGGAGCCUGUUGGACCAUCAUUGGAGUAGAAAUGGUGGAAUUCACCUUUAAUGAGGGUCUGGCCUGCAUCCAGACACCAGUCAGUCCUUUUCCUGUGAUCUCAGGGUUGGAGGUAAACGGUGGAGGACACGUCGCGAUGCUAGAAAUCCACGGAGAAAACUUCAGCCCUCAUCUCAAAGUCUGGUUUGGAAACAAUGAAACUGAAACUAUGUUCAAGUCUCCCAAAUCUCUGCUCUGCGUCGUCCCCGAUGUCUCUGCGUUCAGUGACGGCUGGCGCUCUCAGCGCUGCGUCACCACCGUCCCUCUGUCUCUCAUUCGACUGGACGGCCUGAUUUAUCGCACGUCGUUCAGUUUCACCUACACCCCUGAACUCAAGCCGGCUGCGUCUGUGCGAGGGGCUGGAGGAGGGAGAAGAGAAGGGGGGAUGGACAGAAGCCAGGAGGACGACGUCCUCUUGGAGACCAUCCAUCAGGAGUUCACCCGAGCAAACUUCCACCUCUUCAUGCAAAGUUGACAAAGCUGUCUUCCAGUGAAGGUUUGGAGCACAAUCUGAUUAUCAGCUGGAGUUGAAGAACUGCCCAAUGUUGAAGUCACAAGCUUGAGUUAGAGAUUUUGACUCUAUUAUCAUUAAUUAUGUUUGUUGAAUCAGAAAAUUCUGAAUCGUUUCAGUGGAAACUGUGAGAAUCAAUAGAGACAAUCCAGUUCCCUCUAAUCAUUAAACUUAUUUAAAAGUA